AUGUGGUCUGUUAUUAAAUUAUUUAAACUUUUUGACUGCAAUGAAAACGAUCCGUUGCCCAUCGCAGCCAUUGAGCAACUUCAGUCUUGGGGCCUCAUUGCAAAGCCAAAUACACUGAAAUGUAAGAACAACCACUUUUUAAUAUUAACGGAAAAUCGUGACUAUGCCGAUGGCUUUGUAUGGCGAUGCAGAAAACGUUCGAUGGUUUCCAACAGAAAAGUGAGGUGUGAUGUUAAACAAUCACUCAGAAAAAAUACGUUUUUCGAAAAGUCCCACUUGCCUAUAUGGAAAAUUGUAAUUUUUUCUCAUUUGUGGACGGAGAAUGUUUCCAUUUUAUUUAUAAAAAAACAAAUUGAUAUUGCGACACAAACGGUAGUUGACUGGGCAUCAUUUCAUCGCGAAGUUGUAUAUGAUGGGAUGAUUUUACGCCAUCAAAAAAUCGGUGGUGAAGGGAAGACUGUGGAAAUUGAUGAGUCAAAGUUUGGUCGGCGGAAAUAUCACAGAGGUCAUCGAGUAGAGGGGCAGUGGGUGUUUGGUGGUGUAGAGCGGGAAACAGGUAAAAGUUUCCUAAUACCUGUCGAGCGGAGAGAUAAGGAAACAUUGUUGGUCAUUAUUAAAGAUUGGAUUUUACCCGGAACAUUGAUAAUGAGUGAUUGUUGGAAAAGUUACGAUUGUUUGAAAGAUGAGGGUUACACACACCUCACCGUCAACCACUCAAUUGAAUUUAAGAACCCUGAUACCGGAGCACAUACAAAUAAUGUGGAAGGGAUGUGGCGUCAUGCUAAAGCAUCCAUGAGCCAAUACUGUCGUAAAAAACGAUUCUACGCAGGGUACUUGGCAAAAUAUAUGUUUUUAAAAUCGUGUCGAUUGCAAAAUGUUGACCCUCUAGCAGAAUUUUUUAAGUUGUGUUCCAUAGUAUACGACCCUGUCGAUGGAGUGAGAGCCGAUGUUGUUGAGUCUGCAGAGUCGGAAUCUGGCACCGACUCUGAGAUAGAAUCCGAGGACGAAUCCCAAACAGUUUUUUUUUAG